AUGGGAUUUCUCAACCUUCUCGGAAUCUCUCUAUUCCUCUCUCUUCUCAUUUCUACAGUAGCCCGAGACUUCGGAGAUGAUUCCUCAUGCGAUUCUUCUGAAGAACACGGAGGACACGGAAAUCAUGGACCACGAUCGCCUCGACCGCCAUCAAGACCGCCAGUACCUGGUGGUCCCGAUAAUGCGAAUCGUCCAAAGUGUGGACAGGGAUGGUUCACUUCCUAUAGGCCACAGGGAAUUUGGUGUUUGAGAGUGGGAAUCGGAAAGAUGGAUUACAACGGAGCGAUUGCUCAAUGUGCCACCUUCGGAGGUGUUCUCUCGGGAGUUCAAAACGAUUGGGAACGUUGGCUUCUUGCUCAAGAGGCGAAUCGUCAGACACUCGCUUAUAACGUUCAAUAUUCUGGAAUGUGGCUUGGAGCACAAAGAAAUUCCGAAUCCAACACUUUCUAUUGGACAGAUGGACAUACUGUAGGCACUGAAGGACUCCGUUUUGGAUCUGGACAACCGGAUAAUGAGAAUACUGCUGGCAGAGGUCCUCAAAACUGUCUGCAAUUGAUCGCGCUGUCGCCUGGCUACUGGAAUAAUCCGGGAAAAUUCGCCAGUUGGACAACGUCUUCUGGCCUUCUGGAUGAUUACUGGUGUAUUGUUACCGAGGAGCCAAGUCAACGAAUAAAUUUCCAAAAUUAG